UGAGCGUGAUGGAGCAGCAGCAGCUAAGAAACUUGCAAGACUUCCUGUUGGUCUACAAUCGGAUGACCGAACUGUGCUUCCAGCGCUGUGUGCCCAGCCUGCACUACCGAGCUCUGGACGCUGAGGAGGAGGCCUGUCUGCACAGCUGUGCUGGGAAGCUCAUCCAUUCUAACCACCGCCUCAGGGCCGCUUAUGUGCAACUCAUGCCCGCCCUUGUCCAGCGCCGCAUCGCGGACUACGAGGCUGCCUCGGCUGUGUCAGGUCCUGCAGAGCAGCCCAGAGACUCGGCAGCAGGCAGCUAGCCAUCCCCUGGCCCGGGAGAGAAGGUGCUUUGGAUGGGCGCCUCUGUGAACCUUGGUUUUGACGAAAUUUGUACAGAGAUUGAGCCUGAAAGCUGGACAUUAUUGUUCCUUUUCUUGGAGCCA